AUGGCAACAACUGGUAUAAAGAAGACUGUCAAGGUUGUGGUUGUAGGAGAUGGCGCUGUUGGAAAGACAUCAUUGUUGAUCCUUUAUACUACAAAGGCAUUCCCAAGGGAAUACGUACCAACUGUAUUUGACAACUUUAACUGUUUGGAAAUGUAUGAGAACAAACCAGUGAACUUGGUACUCUGGGAUACAGCUGGACAAGAGGACUACGAUAACCUUAGACCAUUGUCAUAUCCACAGACUGAUGUAUUCUUGUUGUGUUACUCAGCAGUCAAUAGGGACUCGUUUGAUAACAUAAAGUACAAGUGGCUGAAGGAGAUCAGCCAGCACAAUGCAAAUACUCCAGUGCUGUUGGUCGCCACAAAGACUGACCUGCGAGACGACAAAAAGUACCUGGCCACACUGCCCGAGUCACAGAAGCCAGUAACACGCGAAGAGGGAGAAGCACUGGCAAAGGAGGUGGCAGCAGUCAAGUUCUUGGAGUGCUCCGCACUUACUGGAUUUGGAGUCAAUGAACUGUUUGCCGAUGCACUCAGGGCUGCGUUUGUCAAGCAACCAGUUGCAAAGAAGUCAUCAACUGCAUCGACGGCGGCAAAGGCACCCAAGCCAACAACAGAGAGGAAGUCAAGUUGGGGACUUUUCAAGAAGAAAGAUAAGGAUGCCGACAAGAAGAAGGCCACUGCUGCCAAGUAA